AUGAGUCGUUCCUGUGACUCGCCAUCUUCGGAGGAAUGCAAAGUCCGUCCGGCGGAUUUUUCCUACACAGCAAAACAAGAUGAUUACCGUGUACAUCGGUGUUAUGUUUGUCAAGAAACCUUUUUAUCCAGUAACGAUUUACAGAAACACCUUCGUCAACAAUGUUUUCCGCCAGAUAUCCGCGAACAGAUCCAGAGGUUGACACGACAUAUCGAGAACCCGAAACAACGACAACAAGUACAACAAAUUCUAUGGCGACACGGACAAUUAUUUGACCUGCGUCAACCAUCUAUAAUCAAAAUAACAGUUCGUCAUGCUAUCGAAACAAGAAAUCAUCCACCCGUAUAUACUCCGGCAUAUCGAGUCUCAUAUAAGGAUGAGCAAAUACAGCGUGAUGAAAUUAAUAAAUUGUUAAAACAAGGAAUAAUCGAGGAAUCCACCUCUCCGUGCUCAUCACCUAUCGUUCUCGUUCGGAAGGAUGGAUCUCUGCGAUUUUGUAUCGAUUUUCGAAAGCUCAACAGUAUAACCACAAAAGAUGCAUUCCCAAUUCCUCGAAUCGAUGAUAUUUUCGAUCAUUUAGCACAAGCUGAAUAUUACACCACGACUGACUUGAAGUCAGGUUAUUUUCAAGCUGGACUUGAUCCGAAAGAUCAUCCAAAAACAGCAUUCUCCACCCGAGAUCAACAUCUUCAAUUCACCGUAUUACCUCAAGGCGUUACAAAUGGACCGCCAGCAUUCAACCCNUAG